ACUGCAGUCCCCGGCAACGCGCAGCCUCCCAGCAGCUCUGAGCGGGUUCACUUCAAGCAACGAUUGCUAUACUUCUGGACUAAAACGGGAUCGGUUAACACAGGAGUGGAUUUAUUAUUUCAGUUGCGGAAGUUUGGUACAACUUCCCCGCAGACCGGAUCGCAACCUUACAGACUUUUGCGCCCGUGGCCAUGAAGUAGGAGAAUAGAGCGGAGUCCGGCGAUAGGCCGUUAGCAGGCUGAGUUAGCCUACGUGAAGCUAUUUGUAUGGGCGCUAACUAGCCAAGUGCUAUUUUUGUUAGCAUAACAGAUAGUAAAUAACGACUUUUGGCGUGUCGUUAUGCUCAUGUACAGAGAAACCUUAGCGUGGUUCAGUGGAGAAUUAAGUUUCGCUGAGUUUUGAGGUCUUUUUUUGAGGAAAGUAUUUAACAAGAAAAAAAACAACAGCAACUUUAAGGCAACGUAUCAGGUGGAGUUUUUUGGUUUAUUUUGGGGGAUGAUGUGUGUACCAAAGUAAUCAGUAUUUUUAAUCGAACAGACAUUGAUGAUCAAACUUGAGUCGAAAACUAUCUGGACUGCACUCCUCCCUUGCUCCUGGACUGGACUACAGUUCGCAUUUCAGCCUCUCUACACCCCGUCGACUGGACCGUUGUCUUCGAUCUUUGGCCCGGCUUCACUAGCUGGCCGCUCGGCACUGGGUCCCCAAUGGAGGAUCAUGACAACAUGGAGUAUUUUUACCAGCAGGUACUGCAGAAGGACGUUACACGCAGACUGCAGGUCGGCCAGGACCUCAUAGACUACCUGAACGACCCAGAUCGCUCCCCGGACGUGGAGCAGGACAAGCCUCGGCUUGAUAAGACCAUAGACGAGUUAACGGGAUGGAUCAACUCCAGCAAUUUCAAGGUGGCUUUGUUAGGAAUAGACAUCUGCGGGGCAUUCGUGGACCGCUUGGGAGAGCGCUUCAAAGGAUACCUUGGCACAGUCUUGCCAGCUCUGGUGGACCGGCUGGGUGACGGGAAGGAUCAGGUCAGGGAGAACAGCCAAGCUCUCAUCCUUCGCCUCAUGGAGCAGACCGCGUCACCCAUGAACGUGUGGGAAAGGCUGACUCCCAGCUUUAAACACAAAAACUUCCGCAGCCGAGAAGGAAUCUGCCUCUGCCUCAGCGCCACACUCGGCACGUACGGAGCCCAGCCUCUCAGCCUCAGCAAAUUAGUCCCACAUCUCUGCUCUCUGACUGGAGAUCAGAACCCACAGGUCCGAGAGGCUUCCAUAACAACACUAGUGGAUGUUUAUCGUCACGUCGGAGAGAAAGUCAGAGCAGACCUGGGAAAGAGAGGACUUCCAGCUGCUGGGCUACAGAUGAUAUUUGCUCGUUUUGAUGACUCCUUGAAUUCUGGCAACAUGGCUCUGAGCCCAAGUCACGAUCGUAGUUUCGACGAUGACGACAGCGUGGACGGGCGCUCCUCCUCGGCUCAGGCUGCUUUCAAGAUUCCCAAAGUUCCCAAGAAAGCUGCAGAAUCCUCUGCUGCACGCAGGCCCAGCGCCACCAGCAGCAAGCUAGUGUCUAAGGAAAGUGCUGGAGCACUGGAUGAAGAAGAUUUCAUCAGAGCCUUCACAGACGUCCCUCCUGUUCAGAUCUACUCCACACGGGACCUUGAGGACAACCUCAACAAGAUCCGUGAGAUCUGCUCUGACGACAAACACGACUGGGACCAGAGAUGCAACGCUCUGAAGAAAAUCCGGUCGCUGCUGGUCGCGGGCGCAGCCGGCUACGACUGCUUUUACCAGCACCUCCGGUUACUAGACGGAGCCUUCAAGCUGUCUGCUAAAGAUCUGCGCUCACAAGUGGUCCGAGAGGCAUGCAUCACUGUGGCCCAUCUCUCGUCAGUCCUGGGCAAUAAGUUUGACCAUGGAGCCGAAGCCAUCGUCCCCGUUCUGUUCAACCUCAUUCCCAACUGCGCCAAAAUCAUGGCCACCUCUGGCGUCUCCGCCAUCCGCAUCAUUAUACGGCACACCCACGUCCCGCGGCUCAUCCCUCUGAUAACCAGCAACUGCACGUCCAAGUCUGUGGCUGUGAGAAGGCGCUGUUAUUAUUUCCUGGACCUUCUUCUACAGGAAUGGCAGACCCACUCUCUAGAAAAACACACUGCAGUUCUGGUGGAAAGCAUCAAAAAGGGAAUUCGAGAUGCCGACUCGGAGGCCAGAGUGGAGGCCCGCAAGACCUACUGGGGCCUGAGGAACCACUUCCCAGGUGAAGCCGACGCUCUGUACAACUCCUUGGAGUCGUUGUACCAGAAGACGCUGCAGUCCUGUCUGAAGAGCUCCGGCAGCGUGGCCUCUCUUCCCCAGAGCGACCGCUCCUCAUCGUCCUCCCAAGAGAGCCUUAACCGUCCUAUGACUUCCAAGUGGUCGGCUGCUCCGGGGCGAGUCCCUGCUGGUUCAAGGGGCGGGGCUUCCUCGGUCUCACUGCAGCGUUCCCGCAGCGACGUGGACGUGAACGCGGCAGCAGUUGCUAAAUACCGGCACGUCGGACAAACCAAGGGAGCGAGCCGCCUGCCCCCCGGCUCCUACUCCUCUCUGGAUGAUGCCUCUGAUAAAACGGAUGGGACCAGAUCAGACAAUGGCCGAGUUCGUGCCAAGCAGCCCCUGUCGACCGCCAGCACCGUGUCGAGCCAGGUGGACUCUCGAGGGCGCAGCCGCACCAAGAUGGUCUCCCAGUCGCAACGUUCCGACGAAUCCGAUUGCACGCCAGGAUCUCAGUCUGCUAACCCUGUUGGUGCCGGCAGUCGGAGCGGCUCUCCGGGUCGCGUGCUGACCACCACGGCGUUGAGCACCAUGAGCUCGGGGGCUCACCGGGUGCUGGGCGGAGCCACCGGGGACGGACACAGGCGCAGCCGCAUCCCCCGCAGCCAGGGCUGCUCCAGGGACUCCUCGCCCACUCGGCUCUCCGUCGCUCCUUCUAGCUUUAGCUCAAACUACAACGGUGCCAGCAGAGGAGCUCGAGGCAGUCGUAUCCCUCGGCCCAGUAUGAGUCAGGGCUGCAGCAGGGAGGCCAGCAGGGAGAGCAGCCGGGACACCAGCCCCGCACGCUCCUUCACACCUCUUGCAACUCGGAGCUACUCCCGCUCCACUGGAGCGCUCCACACACCUGACGCUUUUGGGGCUGCAGGAUCGGGCUUCGGCAUCAGCCAAUCCAGUCGUCUCUCUUCGUCGGUCAGCGCCAUGAGGGUCCUCAACACCGGCUCCGACGUAGAGGAGGCCCUCGCGGAUGCGCUGCUGUUGGGAGACAUGAGAUCUAAGAAGAAGCCGGCACGGCGGCGGUACGAGAACUACAACAUGUACUCUGACGACGACGCCAACAGCGACGCAUCCAGCGCCUGUUCGGAGAGAUCCUACAGCUCGAGGAACGGAGGGGCCAUCCCCACCUACAUGAGGCAAACUGAGGAUGUGGCUGAGGUGCUCAACCGCUGCGCCAGCGCCAACUGGUCAGAGAGGAAGGAGGGACUUUUGGGCCUGCAGGCUUUACUUAAGAACCAGCGCACACUCAGUCGGGUGGAGUUGAAGAGGUUGUGUGAAAUCUUCACCAGGAUGUUUGCAGACCCUCACAGUAAGCGAGACUCCGGCAGGGUGUACGGCUCGGCAGAAUCCGGUAUAAGCUCAGCCUCCUUCAAGAGAGUGUUCAGUAUGUUCCUGGAGACCCUGGUGGACUUCAUCCUGGUCCAUAAGGACGACCUCCAGGACUGGUUGUUCAUCCUGCUCACGCAGCUGCUGAAGAAGAUGGGAGCCGACCUGCUGGGUUCUGUCCAGGCCAAAGUCCAGAAAGCUCUGGACGUCACGCGGGAGUCUUUUCCGAACGACCUUCAGUUCACCAUCCUCAUGAGGUUCACUGUGGACCAGACGCAGACGCCCAGCCUCAAGGUGAAGGUGGCCAUCCUGAAGUACAUCGAGACGCUGACGCUGCAGAUGGAGGCCCCCGACUUUGUGAACUCCAGCGAGACUCGACUCGCGGUUUCUCGCAUCAUCACCUGGACAAUUGAACCCAAGAGCUCCGAUGUCAGAAAGGCGGCCCAGGCGGUUCUGAUUGCCCUGUUCCAACUCAACACUCCGGAGUUCACCAUGCUGCUGGCAGCUCUUCCCAAAACCUUCCAGGACGGAGCCACCAAGCUGCUCCAGAACCAUCUGAAGAACACGGGCAACACGGCCCAGGCACCAAUGGGAAGCCCUAUGACGCGCCACACCCCGCGAAUGCCAGCCAACUGGUCCAGUCCCGUCACCUCACCUACCAACAUCUCACAAAACACCCCGUCACCAAGUGCAUUUGACUACGACCCGGAGAACCUGAACUCCGAGGACAUCUACAGCUCCCUGAAAGGCGUCACCGAGGCGAUCCAGAACUUCAGCGUCCGCAGCCAGGAGGACAUGAACGAACCGGUCCAACGGCGGGAAGGAGACGACGGGGGAAACGUGUCAGACUUGAUGGACGGCGGUCGGAUGGCUCUCGACAACAAGACCUCCCUCCUCAACACGCCCCUCCUCACCUCCAGCCCCCGAGUCGGCCACGAUCACUUCUACGACUCGCCCCUGAAACAGAGCCGGAAGGACAUCAGCCUGGAGGACUCGGGCCAACUCACCGACGACAGCGGGCUCGAUCAGUCGGAGCGAGUGGCCGAGCUCCUCAAGGAGCUGUCCAAUCACAACGAGCGCGUAGAGGAAAGGAAGGCGGCGCUGUACGAGCUGCUCAAGCUGAUCCGCGAAAACACCCUGCAGGUGUGGGACGAGCACUUCAAGACCAUCCUGCUGCUUCUGCUGGAGACGAUGGGCGACAGAGAGCAUGUGAUCCGAACGCUGGCUCUGAGGGUGCUGAGGGAGAUUCUUGGUAAGCAGCCUUGGAGGUUCAAGAACUAUGCAGAGCUCACCAUCAUGAAGGCCUUGGAGGCUCACAAAGAUCCACACAAAGAGGUGGUCCGUGCCGCAGAGGAGACGGCUGCCAUGUUGGCGUUGUCCAUCAGUCCAGACCAGUGCAUCAAGGUGUUGUGUCCAAUUAUUCAGUCAGCUGAUUACCCCAUCAACCUGGCUGCUAUCAAGAUGCAGACGAAGGUGGUGGAGAGAGUUCCCCGAGAGGGCCUGGCCAGCAUGCUGCCCGAGAUCGUCCCAGGACUCAUACAGGGUUACGACAACUCUGAAAGCAGUGUGAGGAAAGCCUGUGUGUUUUGCCUGGUGGCCGUCCAUGCGGUGAUCGGAGACGACCUCAAACCGCACCUCAGCCAACUCUCCAGUAGCAAGCUGAAGCUGUUGAAUCUCUACAUCAAGCGUGCCCAGUCUGGCUCCACUGGCAGCGAACCUUCAGGCGAGGGUCUAUAGAAGUCGCUCAGUCCCAGAGUGUGACUGCAGAACCGCAACUGUCCACAGCAAACAAACAAAAAA